UCAGGAGUCGCCAUUUUAGUUCCUCUCAGUGUCGUUGUAAGCGCGUCGUAUGUGCUUUGGCUUUACAACGUGUGAGAUUAAAUACUUUUUCUAUCCUGUUAAUUCAGUUUUUUCGUAUUUUCCCUCAACCAAUCGACGUCUCAAGACAUCAGCAUUCAAUUUAAGAUUCCACAACAUCCAGAAACAGCCAUGAUCACCAGAAAAAGAGGAAGAAGCAGCCUUAACGCCGAUGUGACAAGUACCUCCCACGAGAUUGAUGCCGUUUCACAAACCAGUAAUACAAGUGAAACGAACAUCCACACUUCCCCAGAAAGUGACACCAAUGAUUGGGGCCUGGAUGACUUGCUUGGCUCUGGGUUCAACUGGGACCUGGACAACGAUGUGCUUGAUGCUUUCGCCAACUUUGAAUCACAGACAACGACCAGCGACGAGACCGACCAAAGCGCGGUGCUAGGCGCUCCCGCAUCACGCAGCAGAGGUGCGCUCCAGAGGUCAAAACUGCAAGACGUCUCCGGUCGGAUCAUCAACAAGAACGCCAUAGCGGCGAGGAUGAACCGAUUAAAGAAGAAAGAGUACGUCAGUGGCUUGGAAGAGAGAGUUGGUUCUUUGACGACAGAAAACCGCGUUCUCAAGCAGGAAAACGGGAAUCUCAACAAGAGAGUGGAAGAGUUGGAGAAUGAAACUAGGUACUUGAGAGCCGUGUUGGCCAAUGAGAGCAUGCUGGCUCAGCUGUUGUCUAGAUUGAGCGGUGUGAACGGCAUGAAAUUCUCUACCUCGCUUUUCCAGGAAUCCAACGAGAACGACCACGAUUAUGCCAUGCCGAGGAAGAGGGUGAAGGUGGAAGACAAAGAUACGGCAGGUGGCAUCUGCCUGCAUGUGGACAAAGACCACGUCUCGGUGGAAUUCUGCACCAAAUGUGCAGAGAGCUCAAGCUUGUCGCAUAAAAUGUAGGGUCAAGUAUUUUACCUUUUCAACGUUUCCCGAGACUGAACAUUUGCACAAGAUGUAAAUGAGGGGACAUGACGACAGUAGUUGUCAGAUAUAGAGUUAACUGUUUAAUUGUGUGCAGGGCUUGAAUGGCAUGUCUGUUGAACUUGCUUUCAAUACAAGUUACUGCUAAACUUGUUGACAGUUUUCUUCUAGGUGCUUGGUCCGCCAUGCUGGAUGACUGGGUCACAGAACAUCCUUGACUGCUGAAAUCCAUGGUAAGGAUCAAGAUGUAGAAGACUGCACAGAACUGGUUAACUCCUAAGAUGAAGACAAUGCUAUUUGCCAGUUCACGGCACAAUAUGAACUGUAAAUAAACGAAAAGUUUUGUUUUCCACUUUCAUUUGGUUUGUUUAAAGUAUAGAAAAUUUACAAAAAGAAAUUAAGCAUUCUUUGUUGAAUUACAUACUUUGGAUGUUUAUUGGAUUAUAUAAUUGUAGUAUGUAAUUUCAGUUAAAAUAGACUUUGAGGGAAGUAGUUAAGUGGACAAAAAAAGUUUAAAAGAAUAAUGUAAAUGGGUGAUGUUUCACAAAGGGCUUCUGCUUCUAUUAAUCUGUUAUGUACUUGUUUAUUCAGUGUUGAUACUUUGAUGUUGUUUUCAAUGCAAGCUUGUAUUUUGCUGAAAAUAGACGAGCCCUUUCUGAAAUAUCGCUAUUUUUCUAAAGAAUGUUUUUCAUGUAGAACCCUUAUUUUUCUUUAUGCUAAAGUGGAUUUUGCUGUGGGGAAAGCAGAAGAAUCGGGACCAGCAGCUUGCAUCAUGGCCUGGUAAAUUUAAAAAAAGGUAGUACGUGAAACCGUGUAAGUUACAGUUUUUACUGAUUCUAUCACACCACUAAAGACGUCAGAUGCUGUCAUGCUCAUUUAGCAUCUAAAUGAGUGUUGAAACUCUCCUGGUUAUAGUAAUGUUGGAUUACAAGACAUUGAAUAUCUGUCGUAUCCAUGUGUUUCAUCUUGAUUUGUUAAAGCACUUGCUUGACAGUUGUCAGGAGAAAUGGUAUGUUCUAAAACAGCAUUUUCAAAGGGUCAUUGUUUUUGAAUAUGAUCAUCUAUAUGUGAGAUGUAAUGAAAAUCCAAAGAUUCUGUUCUGAAAUGAAAUGUAAUAAAUUUUCAUUUGAGUAAUGCAAAUUA